AUGGCGUCGUGUUAUGGCUAUCUAUUCUUCUUAUGGCUGACGAGUAUUGUUUCUAUGGUGUUCGCUGGUGGUAAGCCAUUCAACCACAAACUAUGUAUACAUACUGACCAGAUAAACGUUGAAGAAAACGCAGGCCGUUUAGUUCCCCUCACACAGAUCAAAAAAUAUGUUGCCCUGGGAGAUUCAUAUGCAGCUGGAGUAGGUGCAGGCCCUGAAAUCAGCAGUGAAUGCUGGCAGUUUGCCGACAGCUAUCCAGGCUUGUUGAACCGGAGCAGCUUGCUUCCAGAGGCCCAUGAAUUCCAGUUCCUAGCAUGCUCAGGAGUCAGGAUGCUGGGUUUAGACACAUACACGAACCGUGCUGAACGAAAGCUGCACAGAUCAGUGGCAGAAUAUAUUGAGAAAGUCGAGAAUGCAAGCGUUGCAACUUUAUCUAUUGGUGGAAACGAUGUUGGUUUCUUCAACCUCCUCAAUGCCUGCAUCUAUAACUUCUACGGCCCAUUUUCGGGCUCGUGCGAGGAUAGAUUAGACUUUGCCAGUGCAGUUAUAGCCAGCAGCCAGUUUGCCGAUGGAUACAACGCAAUGCUAGACUUACUGGUAGAAAAGGGUGACUCCCCAUCUUUUAGAGUCCUUGCAACAGGAUAUAGUGCCUUUUUCGACGAUGCACUGACAAAAGAUUGCAACGAACACACCUUGAGCUACUGGCCUGGCUGA